AACACUCCAUCAUCUGCUGCCACUACCAACACUAGCUGAAAUAUAUGAAGUUGUUUCAAUGAAUUUGACACAACCUUCUGUUGAGUUAAUUUCAGAAAUAGAGUUUGCUUAUGUUCGAUGAAAUGUACUGGCUGCAUAAGAGAGUAUGCCGAAACUAAGAAGGCAAUUGGACAAGAAGGAGAAGGUUAAAUUUAAAGCUCCGGGUAUUCCUCAUGAUGUAGUUGUACAAAUAUUACUCAAACUGCCACUUAAAUCUUUACUCAGAUUCAGCUGUGUUUGCAAGUUAUGGUUUAAUACAAUUGUGGUUGAUCAUCAACGAUUCAAUAAAGCCCACUAUGCUGAAUCCCAAAAGAACCCUAUUCUCAUAUUUACUUUCCAACCUCCACAAUCUGAAGAAUAUUACAUAGAACAUGCUCAACCACCAAAACAUUGGAAAUACUGGGGAAACUUGUUCUAUUUGGAAAAAGCCAAUCAUGGUAGCAUCGGUAUAAAUGGUCUCCUACUUCUUCGAAAUAUAGCAGCUGUGAGAAGGAGUAGUUAUACGGAUAUGGUUGGGUAUUGUAAUGGUUUAGCAUGUUUCAGAAGCACUCGUGAGUUUGGUUCAUAUCCAUGGAUUUAUUUUUUCGUUGAGAUUUAUAACCCUAGUAGGAUGGAGAAAUUAAGCAUCAUCUCUCGUAUCCGUUGUGAUCUUGGAAACACUUUUGGGUUUCAAUUUGGAUAUGACUUGCUCAACAACGAAUACAAGGUGAUGUAUAUCAUGUACUGCAAUGAAGCUGAUGUUCGUGAUAAUGAUUAUAACGGGUAUGGACGUUACUAUAAGUAUUUUAUCUUUACGGUGGGAAGUAGUAAGCCAUGGAGACAGAUCAAACAUCCAAAGCCAAAACUUCAUCCGAUAAUUUACUCCGAGUAUCGUCUUGGUAGCAAACCACCCGUCUCUUGCAAUGGAACUCUUUUUUACGAGAUGGUAAAUGAUGAAGAAGAAUGUGAGCUGGUAUCGUUUGAUUUCCAUGAUGAGCAGUUUCAGGUGAUUAAACUUCCGGAUGAUGAUAUAUUUGUUCUGCCCCAUAACAGCCGUAACUUUUAUCAAUUGGAGUAUGAAGGGUGUUUUUGUUUUGCACGUAUGGAGAAAUUUGAUGCUCGUAACGGCAAGGUUGAACUUUAUAUACUGAAAGACAACACCGAACAAGUUUGGGUUAAGGAAACUGUUGAAUUUUAUCUUCCAACAACGGUACGAAAUCCUGCUCCUCCGUGCAACUACAAGUAUACUACAUUUUCUAAAACGGACGAAGGUAUUACCAGUAUUCGUAUUAUGUGUUUAUCUAACCAGAUUUUUCUGUACUGGAGGUUGAGUGGCAGAAAAGAUAGUCAUGUUAUCCAGUUAUACAACGUUCAUUCCAAAGAACUGAAGGAAGUAAAGCAUCCAAGUGAAGGUUAUCGAAAUAGCUAUGAUUAUCACAUAUCUAGUCACAUUGAGAAUUCACUUUCUUUGAAACAUUUAGCGACUGCCAAAGGAAACACAGUACUGGAUGAAGAUAACAAUAUGUCGUCCUUUGACAAUAUAUGUGACCUUUUUAGCCAGACACCAGAAAGUUAUCCGGCAGUGCUUUCAUUUUAUGAUACGGUACGUAUCUGUAAAGAGGAAGAUAACUACAUUGAGAUCUAUGUUUAGUUAUGAGUGAGGCUUCUAUUUUGAAUCAUGAUCCUUGUUGUUAGAUGAGUACUCCUCAUCCGUUCUUUUUUAAUAGGCCAGUUUC